CAUCUUCUCCAUAAAACCCAUCUCUGAAGAAAUCAAAAUCAUCGAUUCUUUCCCAACAGAAGCCUGUCAAAUCAUAGAAAAAGCCACCACGAAAGUGUUUACAGAAGACGGUUUUCUUGUUUUUCUUUGCUUCAAGAAAUGGCGUCCGCUGCCAUGUUUUCAUCCUUGCGGCGGAGCAGGUCGCCGACGUUAGAAGCCUUUCUGGCGCCGGUGGAUCUAGAAAACGAUGUUGGUGUCUUGUUAAACACCCUGACCGCCGUCUCAUCGGACCUUAUCUCUUCCUUCUCCGGCAAACCCCUUCCGUUUCAGAAGAAGAAUUCCAAAUCUUUGCUGCGGAAGAUUGAAUUGUUCGCCGUUCUGUUGGAUUCCUUCCAGGAUUCAACCUCCAAUCUGCCGUCCACUGCGGUUCUAUGCUUUAAGGAGUUGUACCUUCUACUUUACAAGUCCAAAAUUCUGCUUCAUUACUGUUCUCAAUCCAGUAAGUUAUGGCUCUUGCUUCAGAAUCAUUCCGUUUCUGGCCAUUUUCAUGAACUCAAUCGAGAAAUCUUCACACUUUUAGACGUUCUCCCGUGGACCCAAUUGGAUAUUUUGAACAACAAUGUUAAAGAACACUUGGAUUUGUUACAAAAACAAUCAAUAAGUGCUAAAUUGUUUAUAGAUAAGCGUGACGACGAAUUACGCUUAAAGUUCUUCGAGAUGCUGAAUGAAAUAGGGAACGGAUGUAUCCCAUCUGCACAAGAAUUUCAUGAUUUUUUUGUCAAAAAAUUGGGGAUUUUUGAUGCUAAAAAUUGUAGGAUUGAACUUGAAUUCUUGGAAGAACAGAUUCUGAAUCAUGAGGAUGAUGUUGAGCCUUCAGCUUCUGUUCUUAGUGGCUUCGUAGCCAUGAUUAGGUACUGUAGGUUCUUGUUAUUCGGAUUCGAAGAGGAUGAAGUUGAAAUCAUAAUGGGGAAAAGAUUCAAGAAGAUGAAGAAAAGAGGGUUGAUUAUGAAAGAAAUCGCGGAUACUUUUAUAACAAUUCCGAAAGAUUUCUGUUGCCCGAUUUCGUUAGAGUUGAUGAUGGAUCCUGUGGUAAUCUCGACAGGGCAGACUUAUGAUCGGGCUUCGAUUUCAAGAUGGAUCGAUGAUGGCCAUUGUUCUUGCCCCAAAUCUGGGCUAACUCUUGUUCACAAGAAGCUGGUACCAAAUCGGGCACUUAGGAAUCUGAUCAUGCGCUGGUGCAUAGCUCACCGGAUUCUGUAUACUCCACCGGAAAGUUCGGAUUUGGCUGCCGAAUCUUUACCAGCUGGCCUGGAAAGCCGGGCGGCUGUGGAAGCAAAUAAAGCCACUGCAAGACUCCUUAUUCAACAGCUGGAACACGGGUCGUCGGUCUGUGGUAAAGCCAUGGCUGCUCGUGAAAUCCGUUUCUUGGCGAAAACUGGUAGAGAAAACCGAGCUUUUAUAGCGGAAUACGGAGCGAUUCCUUACUUAAAGGGUCUUCUUUUUUCGCAAAGCAUCGUUGCACAAGAAAAUGCUGUGACGGCAAUGUUGAAUUUAUCGAUUCAUGACACGAACAAGAGACGAAUUAUGGAUGAAGAAGGGUGUUUACGAUCAAUCGUGCAAGUUUUACGAUUCGGGCUCACGAUCGAUUGCCGAGAAAACGCAGCCGCCAUAUUAUUCAGUCUGUCUGUGGUUCAUGAGUACAAGAAAAAGAUCGCCGAAGAAGAUGGAGCCAUCGAGACAUUAUCGGUUUUAUUGAGCAAAGGAACACCGAGAGGGAAGAAAGACGCGGUGACUGCUUUAUUUAACCUGUCUACACACAUCGAAAUAUGCAAUCAAAUGAUCGAGUUUGGUGCUGUUGGAGCUUUAAUCGAGGCUUUGGGAUGUGACGGCGUCGCGGAAGAAGCCGCCGGCGCAUUGGCGUUGCUUGUGCGGCAACCUGUCGGAGCCGCGGCUGUCGGCAACGAGGAUGCAGCAGUCGUCGGGUUGAUCGGCCUGAUGAGGUGUGGGACACCCAAAGGGAAAGAAAAUGCCGUGGCGGCAUUACUCGAGCUUUGCAGGAGUGGCGAUGAGCACGCCACCGAACGGGUUCUGAGAGCUCCAGCUUUGGCGGGUUUGCUUCAGAGUUUAUUGUUCACCGGCACGAAACGAGCAAGGAGGAAGGCGGCGUCCCUGGCUCGAGUUUUUCAACAAUGUCAUAAGGCUUCGUUGCAUUUUGGUGGACUGGGCGUCGGGUAUGCCUUUGCCGGAAACCGAGAUUCGGGAUUCUCUGGUGAGACGGCGACGGUGCCGAUGUCGGUCUUGGUUUCGUAACACCUAUUUACAAAUUUUCUACCUUUUAUAUUACCACAAUUUGGUUCGUUAAUGUAGUUAUCUUAUCUUAAAAUAAAAUGGUUAAAUAUGGAUAACGUGUUACGUAUUUAAAA